AUGGUGACUGCCAAGGUGUGGGUUCUGAAGAAGCAUUUUGAGGGUUUCCCCAAAACCAGUGACUUUGAACUGAAAAAGAUAGAGCUCCCAAACCUAAAGGAUGGAGAGUUGCUGCUUGAAUCAGUGUUUCUCAGCGUUGAUCCUUACAUGAGACCUUACAGCCAAAGGGAUAUGAAGGAAGGGGACAUAAUGAUAGGCACACAGGUUGCCAGGAUUGUAGAAAGUAAGAAUCCUGCUUUCACAGUGGGGGCCUUUGUCGUGGCUGGAAGUGGCUGGAGAACUCAUUUCAUCUCUGAUGGGAAAGGCCUACACCUCCUUCCUGCCGGUUGGCCAGAAUCACUCUCCAAAUCUCUGGCUCUUGGAACAGUUGGCAUGCCAGGCCUCACUGCAUAUUUUGGCCUGCUGGAGGUCUGCAAGAUGAAGCCAGGAGAUACUGUGCUGGUUAAUGCUGCAGCUGGUGCUGUGGGCUCGGUGGUGGGGCAGCUCGCUAAAAUUGGGGGUUGCAAAGUGGUUGGCUGUGCUGGCUCAGAUGACAAGGUUGCCUAUCUGAAAAAAAUAGGCUUUGAUGAAGCCUUUAAUUACAAGACUGUUACAUCUCUGGAUGAAGCACUGCGUAAAGCCUCUCCUGAUGGCUAUGACUGUUUCUUUGACAAUGUGGGUGGAGAAUUUGCCAAUAUUGCUAUCAACCAGAUGAAGAAAUAUGGAAGGAUUGCAAUCUGUGGAGCCAUCUCUCAGUACAAUGACUCCGUGCCUCAGAAAGGGCCUUAUGUUCAGGUUCCCAUGCUCUUCAAAGAGCUUCAGAUGGAAGGGUUUAUUGUGAGCCGCUGGAAUAACCGCCGGGAGGAAGGUCUGAAGGCACUGCUAAAAUGGGUCGUGGAGGGAAAAGUGAAGUGCCAUGAACACAUCACUGAAGGAUUUGAGAACAUGCCAAUGGCUUUCAUUGGAAUGUUAAAGGGAGAAAACCUUGGAAAAGCUGUUGUAAAAGUCUGAAGGUCACAUAUUCCUGGGAGACUGGCACAGGAGGAUGUGAUUCUGUUAAGUGCUUUUAACUCACUAACCAAAAGGCAUGUUUCAGUCUUUUUGCUGGAUGUUUGGUGAUGAUGACUUCUGUUAAUAAUGGGGAUAAUAUAUAAGUAUUUGACUGUCUCUUUGCUCCUGAAGAACUUGAGAGUUUCUUCCUAAAGCUACACCAGAAAAGCACCUUAAAACUACUGAACUUUAUCAGGUCUUUAACAGAUUUUACAGUAGCUUGAACCUUUCUAUGAAUUGGCUUGUAGAAAGGAAAAGCAUUUCCAAAAGCUUUGCCAGCUGGUGGCACAUCUGAUGACUAAUGUUUACCCAUUACUUUGGCCUAGAACUCAGCAACAGGGAUUUUUUAACUGAUUUCAAGGAGGAACAAACAGGCUAACAACACCUGCAUGUUCCCACAUUCCUCACUUGCUGGGUUUUUUUUGUUGUUUUUAUUUACUUUCAUUAGGAAAUACAGGUAUCUCAGUUACUCUGAAAUUAUGGAAAGCAAAAAUAAAACCAUUAAUGGAUA